AUGGAUCGCAAUCAGGCAGCUCGAUCGCCGCAAGCAGAGUCAAUAAUUGGACCUGCUCUCAAGGUUGGUGCUCUUUCUGGAGCAGCUGGAUUUGUCACCGGUAGUGUUGCUGGUGUCAUUCGAAAUUCUCCCCCUCUUCUGUUUGGUAUUGGCUCUGGCAUUCAGUGGUUCGGCUUGGGCACAACCUUUUGGGGUACAAGGAGCUUCAUCUUCCAAGCAUGGGACACUGGCAAGGGCUUGACGAAGAGCGACAAGGUCUCUGCCAGCACAAUCGCUGGUGGUGUCGCUGGUAGUGGCGUUGGCCUCCUCACUCGUGGACCUCGCAAUGUCAUCCCAGGAGCCAUCAUGUUCUCGCUCUUUGGUUUCCUUGGCCAAACUGUCUCCAACUCAUACGACAAGACCAAUCUUCCAGCGUCUGACGAACCACAAUUGAACUUAUGGCAGAAAUUUGCCAGCCUCAAAUGGAUGCCCGUCACAGUUCUUAAGGAUGGCGAGUAUGAGGACAUGCUGCGUGAAAAGCAGCUCAAACUCGAAGCAGAGAUUGCUCUUGUGGAUGAGCGCAUUGCAGCGCUGAAAGCCCAGCAUGCUCAAGCUCUUUCUAAGGAGAGUGGUGCUGCAUGA